UAGGAGUAAUCGAGUGCAACAUAAACAAGCUAAAAAUUUGUCCCUACAACCGUUUCUCUAGUGCCCAGACCUGCGCGGUAUGAAACUCUGUAAUACAACAAUGAGGAAAUGUUACUCAAGGGUCCUGAAAUUGAAAAGCCAGGUAUAUUUCACCGGCAUUUUUAUCAAUUUUUUAUUGAUUUAAAUUGAUUCUUUAGUCUUAUUUUAUUUUUUCUUUAAAGUAAUAACAUCACAUAAAAACACAGCAUUUACUAUUUCAAACUGUUCAAGACAAUCGAAGGAAUUAAAAUUGGAUUUUUAUUGCUCCUUUUUUUAAGUUUUCUUCUCUUCUAGGUAAAGCCCGUGUUAAACACAUCAGCGUAAUUAAAUGUUAUUAAUUUAUAGGGGAACCUUCAUAAACUAAGAAAGAUGCAGAAGGUGCCUACGGAUUUCUCACUUUAUUUCUCUUUUGUUUUUCGAGUUAGAACAAACCGCUCUAUUCGAACAUUCUCUUUAUUUUAUUCUUAUUUUACAGCAUUAUCAUAACAGCGCUAUGUGCAGUACAGAAAAGAUCAUUCUGGUCCCAUGUCCAAAAGAUCGUUUCGCUUCUGAGUUCAACAUGGUGGCCAGGAUCUACCCAACUUUAAAUGGGGAAAAACUAAACACCGAUACAAACACAGUUUUUCGUUUGUUAAACCAUUUUCCAGUCCCGUCCUUUUUAUAGCGCAUCGUGUGCGUCUUGCUACUUGCGCAGCUAAGCUACAAUUUUGCUUGACAGACAGACAGAUGGACGGACAGACGCAUACGGGUAUUAUAAUAUAAACUAGUCGUUAGCCUGUGAAAAAUCCACGGGUUCGCCCGUCCUUUUUAUACUGCAUUGCGUGCGUCUCGCUACCUGCGCAGCUAAGCUACCAUUUUGCGUGACAGACAGACAGAUGGACGGACAGACGUAUACGGGCAUUAUAAUAUAGAUAGUCGUUAGCCCGUGGAAAAAUCUACGGGAUCACCCGUCCUAUAAAUUAACCCGUUGCAACAAAGUGGACAGAAAUAUAUCGCAUUUGGUAUUGGUGCGCAUUUUAAAAAUUUCUUGUCUUCGUUACUGGACACGGCUUUCGCGGACACAGAGACAAACAGACGACGGCUAUUAUUAAAGAGAUACAUGCUUUUUUUAUCAGGAUAUGUCUUAUAAGAAAGUCAGGGUGAAAUUAAUAGUUUAAAAAUAAGGCUAUUGCUUGCCGCAGUUUCAACUUAGGAGUAUGAAAGCCUGGCUUAGAUUUUGAAAUUGGUAUAAAAAAAGUAUGUAGCCAUGUUUUAUGUUUAUACAUAUUUAUUUUAUCGAAUUGUUAAAAUGAAGUUUGUAUUUAAAUUAUUGAAUAAUGUUCGAUCAUGACCAUGUUUUCAUUGUUCUAAUUAUCUUAUAUAUGUACUUAGCUCUGUAUGAACUUUGUCUUUAUACCCUAAAGAAUGUUAGGUCAUUAGGUAAAAUAGAUUUAACUUAUUUUUUAUUUAUUUAACUUAUUUUUAUAUCCAAUCUAAAUGUACAAUUUUCUUUCAUAAAAUCUCCGUACUAAGAUUGGAUAAUCGAGAUUAAUCUCGAUAAUUUCGGAAACCAGACUCAACUCUGCCUUGUUGAUUUUAAUCGGGAAGCUGUUAAGACGAUUUCUAAAGUGUUGUAUUUCUGAUAUCAUAUUUAUCCUCUUGUAUCUUUCCAAUCUCAUAAAAAUUUGCAAACAAUAAAAGUGAUAAUGAUGACAGCCCAGACAAUGAAAGUCACCAUAGUAUAGCUGACGAAGGGAAUGAAACUAAAAUGCCUUCAGGCAAUGGGGAGACCAUGGAGCCUGCUAACCCCAGGGAGGCCAAUGAGCUUCAAAAACCAAAUAAACGUAGCCACAAAGACGAAGAUAGUCAACACAUGGGACUGUCUUUCAAGAGGCAAAAGGUUUGAAGCCCUUCCUGAGGAGAGCAAUAUGGCCGCCAGACCAGAUGAACUGGUGAGCUCUGCUGAAAAGUAUUUUAACAAAUAUGUAAAGGAGAAGGACUUGAAUAAAAGCAUUCUUUUGAAAAAUCCUGUGCCAGAAAAUCUCAAAAAGCCAUGCUGAUGAUUACUUCACAGAAUUAUUAGAGGAUAAAGGAAGAAAAACCGACCAGAAUUUAGACCACUCCUUGGGACGGAUUCAAGGUAAAAUUUGGAACAUAAUGGGCCCCUUGACUAAAGUGUGGUACAGGAUCGAAGAGGCGAUUGCCAAUCCUGAAUGUGUGCUAGAUCCAAAUUAACUUUCGACAUAUGUUGAACAGAGCAUGUUAUUAACAGGUCUGGCUUUCAGUGCUGUUUCCUAUAACCGAAGGCUAAAUGUCCUCACCGCUGUUGGACAGGAAAAUGCAAAAGCAAAAACAGUGCUAAAAGAACAGAGUAAACUUUUGGAAAAGCCAUUUGAGACUGAACUCUUCGGACAAUCAUUCGUGAACACACCAAAGAUACCGCCAAAGCAAAGAAAUGUCGAAGGAGGUGUAUGAAAAAUGAAAGAAAUACGACUUCAAAGUUCAAAACAAACGGCCCUUUCCGAGGGGCCUCUCUGCGCCUUUUUUUCAAGGAUGUUCCGAGGGGCGACAAAAUUACACAAGUACAUCACACAAAGGGAAUGGAGUCAACAGACAACAGCCAAAGUAGUUCAAGAACAACUACAACCAACAGAAGACAUUCAGUGGUAAGAACUUCUACCGUAACAGAAUUGGCACCUUGCUACAGCAUCAGAAAUCACCUCCAGUCACCAGAAAUUGUACCAAUAGGUCAACUAAUGUAUGUGCACCCAUUGCUACUGAAACUAUUUCGAACUCCGAAAAUUGGCAGCUUUCCAAUCAGGAAGGUUGAAACAUUUCCUUCAAAAUUGGGAAAGACCUGGAGGUGGACUUCCUAAAAGAACCACUACAGGUCAAACCUCCCCAUCAAACAAAAAUGUGGAAAGAGGAAACGUAUCUGGUGCAUCAGAAGGUGAAAGCUAUGUUGGAGAAAGGUGCCAUUCAAGAGGCCAAAUAUGUACCAUGCCAAAUUCUGAGCAAGUAUUUCUUGUACCAAAAAAGGAUGGGGGAAACAGGCCAUAAAUUUAAAAAAAUCUAAAUGCUUUUACUCCUUACCUUCACUUCAAAAUAUAAGGUUUGCAUUUACUCAAAGAUCUGUUGAAAGAAAAAGAUUACAUGUGCAAGGUAGAUUUAAAGGACGCUUACUUCGACGUUCCUUUGCACCUAAAACAACGAAUUUUUUUUUUCAUUAACCAAAAGGUUAAAUUCAACUUAACCACCACUUUGAGCAUAUUGAAAACUGCGCGGACCACCCCAGCUUCCUUCUAACCAUUUAACACGAGAUAGCAAAAGCGAGGAGAGUGAGUGAGAGUAACACGUCAAAUAAAAUAUAACAUUUGUUUUAAAAUUUCUUGAUCCUCUAAAUUCUUAGUUUUAUUACAUACAAUAUUGUCACGAUCAACCUUCACGAAAUUAAUGUAUUACGACGGACGAAUCACGUUAAUUUCAUGCAUCGUUAAUUUCAUGUAGUAAGGUAUUAUCGAAUGACGUACAACCAGAGCUCAAGUAGCUACCAACAGACUCAAUAAAUUUAAUUUUCUAAAUUACGCUGCAGCCUUUUUAUUAAAGACAUCUCUUAUAGCAAACAUGUAUUCACAAUAAACACUUUCCUUGGAUAAAGUGAUGGUCAAACUCUUAUAACAGAAUCCUUGUAUACAUAGAGACACUUUAUUGCGGAGACUUUCCAAUGCCAAACGUUAUUUUAAGAGUUCCAACUUACAUUAUUUUCUAAAACUGACCUCUCUAUAGCGAACACACCCAUCAAACAAUUUUGUAAAAUGUUUGACUGUGUUUUAGUUAAGGCAACAUGAUAUGCGUUCAAAAUAUUGUCUUAAAUAUUAUUAUAAAGUUUUUUUGUGUACUCUUGAUUCUGUUUUAGUUUCUGGAAGGAAAAAUAGCACAUUAUAUAUAAUAGUACAAUAUAUAUAAUCUUUUGCUCCUUUUUUUGUAAAAUCUGUUUCUUGAUACACUCUGCGGUUCAUAUCACUAUCUAGAGGACGCUUUAGACACAAAGUAAGCUAAUUUUGGAAGAAAAUUUAUGUAGCGCCGCCCACUCUAGACAGAGUUCACUGUAAGUCCAUCAACCUAUAUUGUGGAAACAACCGUACAUUAAGGGAGACCAUAGUCUGUAGUGAUAGUAAACCUACACAUACGCGUCAUCUUUGCAGCACUUCGGUACAUACUUCGGUAAGAAAAAAUCAAAAAAUAAGAUCAAUAGAAAUUUAAGCGUCGGUAAAAAAAUUGAUCACUAUUUUAUAGAUAAGGUAAUGGACAGGCUUACUUAUCAAAAUAAUACUAUCAACUCGUUAAUAACGUAAUUAUAUAUCUUCGCUUAUUGUAACUUUUUUGUGUUUAAUCUAUAUCAUAAUGCCCGUAUACGUCUGUCCGUCCGUCCGUCCGUCUGUCUGUCUGUCACGCAAAAUGGUAGCUUAGCUGCGACGGGCUAACCCGUGGAUUUUUCCACGCGCUAACGACUAGUAAAUAAUAAUAAUAAUCACUAACUUUUUUUUUAAUGUUUAUUUAAUUAUUUAUCUAACAAAUUUUCUCCCGUUAUAAUACAAGGUUUUUCCUUAAUGGCAACUUUCCACAAUAAUUUCAGGAAAUAAUAAUAUGUAAUUACGGAACUCCGUUACAAUUGGAAUUCCACUUGAACGAACUUCAAAAAUGGGAAAAGCGCCAAGAUGCUUAACAGUCAAACGAAUAUACAUACUUGCUAAAUUACAUUGCAUAUCCUUAACAGUCGAAAUGUUGUUUACCCUUGCUGAGCAAGUUUGUUUGUCAAUUUAUUGAUCGAUGUAAACAAAUCGAAGUAAUACUCUUCAGGAAUGUCGUUUGUCGAUUGUCCCACACUUUAUUGAAUGUUCAAUGUUAAUGUUUGAAAGCAAGGUCUUGGCAUGUAAAUAAAUGUAUAACAGCUUACUGGACAAGCAACCGGAUUGUGUCGAAUUUGCUGAUUGAAGAGAACAUUUUAUGAAACAAUACAAUUUAUUUUAACAUGAAAAUUUACAUAUUCGUUCUAACAUGGUGGAUUACAGGAAGUGUUUUUAAAAUGGCUUCUGCAGAACGGAAACGUCGAUACAAGAAUUAUAAUUAUAACAAAAAGACACCUGGGUACUACGAUAAUGACCGAUGCUUUGUAGGAGAAUGGUCCAGUUGGACAUCGUGCACUCGCUUUUGUGGGUCUGCUGGUGAACGAGAAAGAAGGCGUUUGGUAAAAGGUGUGUGCAAACCACCAAACACACAGAUUGAAGAGUGUAACAGAUUUUGUUACAACGGUGGUUCACCAAGAAAUCAAGGAUGUGCUUGCAGACCAACAUUCGGUGGAAGGUGUUGUGAAGUUCAAUAUAAUAACACUGCCGGUGUGGACUGUAAAGUAGGGCAAUGGCAGCCAUGGUCGGCAUGCAGUGCACCAUGUGGGAACAGUGGUAUUUCACAGAGAACUCGAAUAAAAACUGUGACUGAAUCAGCCGGUCGUACAUGUCCACAUUCUCUACUGCAAGUUCGGACUUGCAACAGAUUUUGUCAUAACCAUGGAAAACCCUUAGCAACGCGAUGUCAAUGCAAUGCAGGCUUUACUGGUAUCUGUUGUGAACAUGGAGGUGGUCCCGUUACCUUGCCAACAUUACAAACAGUGACUGUAAACCCGGGAGAACCUUGCGCUGAUUAUACUGCAGUUGACAACUAUCAAAGAAGUAUUGGCUACAAGCUUCCAUCUUCAAGUCACGCCACAACAUGCGAUCGUAAAUGGCUAGCAACGUGGUAUCGUUUCACCAGUGGAGCUGGUGGGGAAAUGCCGACUUCUUGUCCACCAAAAUACGGUUGCGGUUCCAAGGGUUCAGUCUGGUUGGAUGGAACAAACCCAACAACAGUAGGAGAAACAAAAAAAAUGAAAGCAUGUUUGCGAGCAGGUACAAUUUGCUGCUCCAGAAUUUGGGAAGUGAGAGUGAAAAAAUGUUCAAAGAAUGGAAAAGAAUAUUUUGUUUAUUAUCUUCCACCAACUCCAGGAUGUCCAAUGCGAUAUUGCGCCGGAAAAGAGACUAAAUGUGAAGAGGGCGAAUCAUCACCAACUGGAUUUACUCCAGGCUGCUCAAGUAAAUAUCCUAAACUAAAAAGUGAUCCUGUCAUCUCAGUGGGAGUUAAAAAUAAACGAAUGCAGUUUAAAUGUAAAUUUGAUCCAAAGGAGCGAGGAGAACACAUUCGCCACGUCGUAACAUGGUACCAAGGUCCACCUGAGAAAAAAAUCAACAAAGAAGAUACUCUUCAUGGGGAUCAAGAUGAAGCAUAUUUGCAGAACAACAACGAGUAUGGAGAGAAAGCAUUGUUUUGUCUUGGUCAGAAUAUUUAUUGUAAAGUUCAAUCUCAUUACGUAGCAACACCAAAACUAAAAAGUAUUCCACGAAAAAGUAAUGAAUUUUUUGCAGGAUUUAAGAUUACACCAAAAGUGAUCGAUCUUUCUGAAAAAGACAAACCAAGAAAACUCACAGUAACGUCAACACUGCCUAUUGUAUGCCAAGAUGGUACUGAGAACUGUGAAGUCCUGGUGGAACUUGGUCAGACAAACACAGAUAAUUUUAUUGAUUAUUGCACAAUGAAAUUUAAACCUGGGCCUGCUGGUCAGACUCAUGUAGUGGAAGUUGUCGCGAAACGUGAUUUCGUAGAUGAUGGAGAUCAAACGAUGCAUUUAAAAAUUCAUAUUCCUGACCACGUUGAUCCUGUUGAUUGGAAUUGUUACAAGAAUAUCACGGAUGUCUUGAUAAAGACAAAAGACGUUAAAACAAAACGCUGCACAUCAACUGGUGACCCACACAUUCGCACUUUUGAUGGGUUGUAUUAUAAUCACUUCUUGGUUGGCGAUUACGUUAUGGUCGAAAGUGGAGCACGGUUGUUCCAGGUUCAUGUCAGAACUUUCCGUUGUCACACAGUUUCGUGUAACUGUGGAAUAGCUGUAAGAGAAGGUGAUGACGUCAUCGUUGUUGACAUGUGUAGGGAUAAUAUUCCACGUGCACGAUUUGCCAGCACUGUUGAACCACAGAAAGGGACCACCAUUGAGAGAAAUAAUAACGGAAAAAGUUUUGUGCUCAACUUUCCCUCCGGUGCGUAUGUGAGAUUUGAUGCAAAACGUUGGUUUCGUAACUGGUAUUAUGCAAACAUUGUAGUUCAACUACCUUCUGAUGAUUACAAGAACACAACUGGAUUAUGUGGAACGUUUGAUGGCAAAUCAGGAAAUGACAUGACUGCAAAAAACGGCGUAAUUGUACCAAAGGGAAGAGGAAGAACUGCUCCAAAAGCAUUCACAGAAAGUUGGAAAUUGACAGUUGGGGAAAGUUUGUUCUACUAUAAGGGAGGACCUCGUAAGUGUUUGGCUACACGUGCGAAAAGUUAUUGCACAUGUCAGGAAACCUGUUGCGGGAAGAGAAGUGUCAAUUGUAAUUUUGAGGGAUAUUCACAACGCCCGAAAUAUAUACAAGGUUUCAGAGGCUGGAAAAGACUCGAUUUCCCAGGUGCUGAGCACUGUGGGCGUCGCAAACGGCGUGCAAUUGCUGUUGAGAAUGUCAUAGUGCUACCAGAUGAUGGCGAAACUGGUAUAUAUACGUACAAUCCGAAAACAGAAAAUGUCGACGAGAAGGUUUUUCCAACAAAGUCUGGGAAAACAGAAGCUCAAGCUAAAACGAGUUGCACAAAAGCAAUUCAAGACUCUACAGCAGGAAAAGCAUGCAUUAAGAUGAUUGCUGGAUACGACAUAAAUGAAUUCGUUGAUCAAUGUGUGUUUGAUGUUAAGGUAACUGAUGAUUACAAAGUUGGAUUUGAAUCUGCAAUCAAUACCAUGAUCGCUGACUGUGAAGAAAAAACGUUGAGAGAUUUGAAGUAUUGGAAAAACGGUUCAUCUGGGGUAUCACCCCCAAUUGAAAUUGGUGACAGUGUAUGUCCCAACGAAUGUAGUGGUCGUGGAAGUUGCCAGAAUGCUACAUGUGUCUGUGAUAAAGAUUACAUUACUGCUGACUGUUCGUUGAAAAAAGGUCAAGCUCCCACGCUACUCGGCGUACCAUUCAAUGGGCUUUGUGAUAUUCGAAAGCAAGACUGUUAUCGUACGCGAGUGAUGGGGAUGGAUUUUAUUGAUUCAACAAGUCUGACAUGCCGCAUGACUGAAGUUGUUAUUAGUGAUAAACCAUACGUUGAAACCACCCGUCAAAGCACUGAUGUUGGUCAACUUCUUAGCUUCGGUGAAAUCAGUUGCUUGCUGCCACGGAGUCCAGUCGAAAUUAAUGGUAACCCUUCCAGAUCAACCGGAAAACCCACUGGUGGCUUUUUGAUUGGAGUAUCCAACGAUGGCACAAAUUUCAGUCAUAACAAAACUUUGUUUUUGGUGUAUGAUUCAAAAUGUAUGGACUGCGGUAAAGAUUAUAAAAGUUGUAUAUGGAAGCAAAAUUCUUGCAAAGUCAGCAAUUAUUGUUUUGCGCCUGGUGAUGCGAAUCCAAAUGACUGGUGCCAAGUAUGUGACCCGAAUAAAACCAGGACCGGAUUUGUCAAACGAACACUAAACAAACCACCAGUGUUCAAAGCGCUUGUACAGAAGUUAAAGCCAUUUAAAGCCCAAACUUGGCGAUAUGUUAUCCCUGCGUCAGAUCCUGAGAAGCAAAGAUUGACAUACGAAUUUGUUGGUAAUAAUCAUGGUAUGAUGAUCUCCUCUGCUGGUGUUUUAACAUGGUAUCCUACUCAAAAUAAAACUUACGAGUUUACCAUUCAAGUGACAGAUCCGUGUGGUUUAAGCGCUACGCAGAAGUUUAUGGCGGAUGUGAAAUCCUGUAUUUGUGAAGGGCGCAAUGGCGGUAUUUGUGUUUGGAAAGGAACUCAAGGUGUUUGUCAAUGUCCUUCAGGCUGCAAAGGAGAAGGAUGUGAUGAACCUAUCGAUGGAAGAAUUUGCAGAAUAAAAAGCAGUCAAACCAGUGAAGAUUCUUCUGACACAGUUACCAUAGCUGUGGUUGCCAUUAUUGUUGUUAUUGUUGUUAUCGUAACCAUCAUUGCCGGUGUCAUAGUGUAUGUUUUAAAGAAAAAAAACAAACCAAUCAAUUUAAAAUCUGCGAAGGACUUAACACUAAACGCUGGACGUAACGCCAAAGGCAAAAUGGUAACUGUCGUAGUUGGUGCCUAUAAUUCCGCUCAUCGUACGAAAGAUGAAAAUGUACAGAUGAAGUUUGGAGGUCUUGAGAAAGGUGGUUCCUCCAUUAAUGACGGUUACGUGAACUAAAUAUAAAUUUUCUACUUUUUUAUAAAAAGGUUUUUUUUAAUCUGUUAUUUUUAUUGAUCCGCGGAUCCUCGAAAUAUUAUACACAAUGAUAUGUCGUUCUUU